AUGCGGUCACCGUACAAUCAAGUUUACAACAGAGGUAGCAGGGCUCUAUUUACACCAGGUAAGGACAUGGGUGAUAGGCAAUCACAAAGCCCACCUAGAAACAGGAGGGAUGAUGAGAUUAUGCAACAUUUGGAACAAAUGGCCACAACCCAGGAUAGAACCCUACAGAACAUUGAAGCUUUGAUGCGCCAUUUGGUUAGGGGGAAUAGGAGAAAUGACCAUAAUGUUGACCGUGAUGACAGGAGCAUAGCAGGAUCACAACACGAACAGGGAACACGGUCUACCACAGCAAAUAGACCCAUACGUCCUACAUCCCGUCCAGAAACACCACCACCCACACCUAAUGAUUUGGAAAGAGAUAUUAGAGAUGAGCUCAGACUGGCAAGGUAUCUGAAUUAUAGGGCUAACAGACAGAAACAGGUGGAAAAACAGAGUGAAUCGCAACAGGUCACUAACAAGUUGACAUUACCCACAUUUGAUGGAAGUGGGAAAAUGACUGCUUGGGCAUGGAUUCAUAAAGUGGAUACCUUUUUAUCUUUGAAGACUAUGACAGAAUUUGAAGCACUCAAGUAUGCCACUUUACACCUGGACGGGGCAGCUCAUGAUUGGUGGAUGCACAGCAUGAUCACGUUGCAGCACAAUCAGGUAACCACUUACCAGGAGUUCGUGGAUAAGCUGAUAGAAAGGUUUGAUAAGAAGGAUCCUGAGGUAUAUUUCCGGGAAUUAGCGCAGCUCAGACAGACAGGAGGUUUAGAGCAGUUUAUUAAUGACUUCCAAAAGCUUGCAGUAAUGGUACCUCAUAUUUCAGAGCGGAGGCUAGUCAUUUUAUUUACAGAAGGGUUGACUGAACCACUCAAGGGGUGGGUUAAGGCCUUUGAUCCUCUCACAUUACAGGAAGCCAUGAAGAAAGCUCGUAGCAUGGAACUUGCAGCACCAGCAAAUAGGUUUGGUUCGAAGGGCUCUUCAUCAUUCAGAGAUAAUAGAGGGGGAUUCAACAAAGGUAAGGAAAAGGUUGAUGACACAAAGGGCAAGUCAGUUGCACCUCUGGAUAGGGAGACACUUAAUGACUUGCGUAAGAAGAAGUUAUGCUUCUUUUGCAAGGGUCCCUAUGAGUUUGGACAUGACUGUCCUAUGAGGCCUAAGGGAAAGGCCAACAGGGUGAUGUGGGCUUAUUACGAGGGCUCAGACUCAGAUAGCUCAAAAUACCAUGAUCCUGAUGAUGCAGAGCAGGAACAGGAGGUAGAUAAUGCUGAACAGAAGGAGGAACCAGAGGCACGUCUAUCUAGUAUUCAGAGAGAGGGAUCUUUUAGACUUAGAGGUGUCUUGGCUGGACAGAAGGUUAUUACACUAUUAGAUACAGGUGCCACGCAUAAUUUUAUUGAUGCGCGCUUUGUGGAGAGACGUGGACUCAUCACUGAGGAGUUUGAGGGAUUGAGAGUUAAGGUGGCUGAUGGAUAUACACUUCGAUGUGACAGGAUGGUGUGUGAUCUACCCCUACGCCUGAACAACUAUGAGUUCAAGGCGGAUUACCAUGUGGUCAACAUGGGUGACAUGGACAGAGUACUUGGGAUGCAGUGGCUACAUUCUUUGGAGGAGGUUACCCUGAGACUGAAGGAUAUGGAGAUACGAUUCGAGGUGGAUGGCAGGACUCACGUGCUGAAGGCUAUCCGUAAUGGUGAUAUCAGGACUAUCUCAUUUAGGCGGAUGGAGAGAUUAGCCAGGCAUGAUGAUAUAGAGUGGGCGGCAAUAUGCACCUUGAUGCCUCCCCAGGAGGGGCAACAUAAGACUGAAUAUCAUCCGGAUAUUCAGAAAUUGAGAAUCAAGUAUGAGAAGGUAUUCAACGAGAUUCCACCAGGCAGGCCACCAGACAGAGGCAUUGAGCACAUUAUCGAGGCGGAGGAAGGCGCUAAGCCUAUCAUGAUCACACCAUACCGGCACCCAAAGCGACUCAAGGAUGAGAUUGAGAGGACCAUCAAGGAGUUGCUAGCAAUGGGACACGUCCGACCCAGAUAUCAUCAGAUCAGAGUGAGAGAGCAGGACAUUGAGAAAACUGCUUUCAGAUGUCACUGUGGGCAUUUUGAGUUUGUAGUCAUGCCUUUUGGUUUGACUAAUGCACCUGCCACUUUCCAGUCCAAGAUGAACAAGAAGGAGUCCUUGUAUGCUAAGGAGUCCAAGUGCGAUUUAGGCAUGACUGAGCUUCUAUACUUAGGACACAUCAUUAGUGCGGAUGGAGUGCGGAUGGAUCCUGAAAAGAUCCGCGCUAUUGUUGAUUGGCCUCCACCAGAGAACCUUACACAGUUGAGGGGGUUCCUUGGUCUAUGUGGUUUUUAUCGCAGAUUCGUCAAUGGCUACUCAUGGCACGCAGCACCCAUGACGGCUUUGUUGAAGAAAGGGGCAUUUGUGUGGACUCCGGAGGCACAGGAUUGUUUCUUGAGAUUCAAGGAGAUAAUGACUACAUGCCCAGUUCUAGCACUGCCUGAUUUUACGAAGCCAUUUGAGCUUCAAUGUGAUGCAUCGGGAGAGGGAGUUGAUGCUGUACUCAUGCAGGACAAGCACCCUAUUGCUUAUGAGAGCAGGAAACUUAGGGGGCCUGAGCGAUCAUUUAGCAUUUAUGAUAAGGAGAUGUUGCGGGACCUGAAUGAUCGUCAGCAGAAGUGGGUGAGUAAGUUACAGGCCUAUGAUUUUGAUAUCACAUAUGUUAAGGGGACACAGAAUGUCGUUGCAGAUGCUUUAUCUCGUAGGCCACACCUCACUUCUAUGAUUCAGAUAUCAGAGGAUUGGCGACACUUGAUUGUAGCAGAAUAUGCCAAAGACACAUGGGCCUCUGAUAUAGUGGAGGGGACAGCGAUUGACACCAGGUACACUCUUGUAGAUGAUUUGAUCAUUUACAAGAAUAGAAUUUACUUAGUCCCAGAAUCGAAAGUGAAGCGGUUGAUUUUGAGAGCACUCCAUGAUUCACCUACAGCAGGCCAUCCUGGGUAUUUCAAGACUUACAGGUUAGUUCGGGAGCGGUUCACUUGGAAGGGGCUUAAGGCUGAUGUUUUGCAGUAUGUGCGUGAGUGUCUUGUUUGCCAGCAGAACAAACAAGAGCACACUUAUCCAGCAGGGCUCCUACAGCCACUUCCUAUUCCUGACAGGAAGUGGGAGUGCAUCUCCAUGGAUUUUAUCACGGGCUUGCCCAAGGUCCAGGGGCAUGAUUGUAUCUAUGUGGUGGUGGAUAGGCUGACAAAAUAUGCUCAUUUCUUCCCUAUCACUACUACGUACUCAGCAGCUCAGGUGGUAGAGGUCUUCUUCAGGGAGGUUUUCAGAUUACACGGUUUGCCUUAG